AUGUCAUUAGCAUCAGUGACAAAAAUCACCAUUCACAGUGGUAACGGUGAAACAGAUAUCAAGAAUCAAAAAGAUUUUGAUGUUUGGGAGUCGAAUGAAUCUAAAGCUGUAGAGGAUAAUGAAGGCUCAACAUUUCACUCUAGUUUUGGAAUAAUACUGACAUGUUUGGGUAGUGUGGUUGGCUUUGGAAAUAUUUGGAGAUUUCCAAGGAUUUUAGCAACCUACAGUUAUGAUAAAGGUUCUUUAACAUUUUACUUGGUCUGGUUUUUUGUACUUUAUCUAUGGUCCGUUCCAAUUGUAAUUGUUGAGUAUACAUUGGGUCGUUUCACGCGUAAUUCAAUAGUCGGUUCAUUUCAUAAAUUUUUUGGAGACAAAUUUGCAUGGGUCGGUGGAUGGGUUGUUUCAGUGACAUUUUUUCUGAGCUGCUAUUAUCCAGUGAUUAUCGGUUGGUGUUUAUAUUACUCUUAUAUGUCCUGUUUUGUUGGCCUACCUAAAAGUGAAAUAGAAAGUAAGAAAAGAUUUAACGACUAUGCAAUGGAUUCAUACUGGCCAGUUCUCACUCAGUGUAUGAGUGUAUGUAUUGCAGCCGUUUGUAUAUACGGAGGUAUAAAGUGGAUUGAGAAAGUGAACAAUAUAUUGGUUCCUUUUCUAUUGCUCAUUGUAACUUUUACAUUUGGUUGGUCAUUAACACGAAGAUAUGCUGAAGUCGGAAUAAAGUUCUUAUUUACACCAACAUGGAGUAGUUUGAAAGAUCCAGCAAUGUGGAUUGCAGCAGCAAGUCAGAACGCUUUUGAUACGGGAGCUGGUAUUGGGGCGUUAGCCACAUUUGCAGCAUUCAUGAGCAGAGAACGUGGAGCUGUUAGAUAUGGUACUAUCAUUCCAAUGCUGAAUAAUUUAGUGAGCUUUAUAAGCUCCAUUGCAGUGUUCUCUACUGUAUUUUCCACCUUGAUUCAAACUACACCCACGAUUACACGCCUAGGAAUUGUAAAACUAAUGCAGUCAACAGGACCUGGUAGUACAGGUCUUACAUUUAUUUGGUUUCCAGUAUUAUUCGAGAGUUUGGGAGUGAUCGGUAGAGUGCUGUGUACAUUGUUCUUUAUAUGCCUAACAGUUGCUGGACUAAGUACCACUAUUUCUGAUCUUCAGGUGUACACAAUGGUUCUGGAUGAUACUGGAUUAAACCAUAAAAUAUCUGUUGCGGUCGCAUUGACAGCGAAUAUUUCAGUUGGUCUCCUAUCUGCUCUUAACAUCAAGGUCUUAACAAACCAAGAUGAUGUUUGGGGCUUUGGACUGUUGGUAUCCGGUAUACUGAUGGCAACACUGGUCAUUAAGUAUGGUCCUAUGAAAUACAGACGUCACAUAGUCAAUGAAUUUGGUAUAGGUGACUGGAAUUUGCCUAAAGUAUGGGUAUUUUUCAUAAUAAUUCUCGUACCAUGUCAAGGAGUAAUUCUGAUCAUUUGGUGGAUGUACGAUAUGACUGCGAAUGAUCCUCACUGGUACAUGCUUACGUAUAAAUCUGUCACUACGUUACUCAUUGAGUGGUCUGUUCUGUUAACCACAUUGAUUGUACUAAAUGUAUUGGCACUUUGGCGAAAAUGGUCAAUAUUUCCAAUUGCACAAAAAUUUGGAAAUAAUCCCUAUGACUUAGACUCUUGUGUAAACUAUAGUGAUGUUUAA